AAUCGAUAACCAUGCAGCUGCGGAUACAGUACAGUACAUGUACCGCACUGUACUCGAGUACGCUCGGCUUUCCCAAUUGACCCCAUCGCUUUUAGUACGCACCGAAAGACCUCCAGCACAAAAAAUCCUACCACCUUUUGCAACCAUUCCAAGCAAUUAACUCGGGAGCAAAUCAUUAAAGUCUUUUCUCUCUCCUUCGGUUCACGCAAUGUUAAAAAGAUCAGCUCCCGAGUCUCAAGAACAGCCAUCGAAACGCCGCCGUCCGAACACUUCCCCUCAUAUUACUCGACUCAGUGACGAACUCCUUCUACGCAUCGCAUCCUUCUUGCAUAUCAAUGACCUCGCUUCUUGCCAGAGCGUUUCAAAGCGGCUCCAACGAAUUGCUCGUGAUGACCAAAUUUGGAAAGCACUAUUUUACGCUCGAUUUGUACGCCCUAGAGCAUCGCGUAUUCCGGGCCUUGCGCGUGCGGCCCCUUCAAGCUUGCAUUAUUCAUCCCGGAAUUCUCGAUGGCUCCAAGAUGAAGGGCUUGCAAGAGCUGCUGGAACAAAGUGGAAGGAGUUAUAUAGAUUAAGGCAUAAUUGGAAUAGAGGGUCCUGCAGUGUCAGUCAAAUCAUUAUUGCGGAAAACCCGCCGCUUCCGCCACCGAUACCGCCAUUGAUGAUUAGGGUUUAUGAAGUAUGUCACCCCACACCUGAGUGCUGCGAGUGGAAGCGAGAUUAACUCUUUACGGCCAUGCCCCAGGGAUUGGUCUUUACAGUCGACCCCACCAGCGGUCUGAGAAUUUGGAGACUGGAGCAUAAAGGUGUUCCGGUCAUCGGCCUAGACCUCUACCAAGGCUCUCUGGAAUUCGAAAGAUACGGCGUACCCACCGCACUCGCCAUCGAUGAGGAUAGCGAUUCUAAACAAGUCGUGAAUGUCACAGUCGGAUUUGAAAAUGGAGGGUUUGGACUGUAUCAGCUGGACACAGCCACUGAAUCAUUACCAAAGCUGACCUUCGAACAUUCCUACGCUGGGCCCCCUCCUUCUGCAGGAAACAGCAGUUCACAAAGGCUGAUGAUCACCUCCAUGGCUUUUUGUUCACCAUAUCUGCUAACAAUGUCAUCCUCGCAGCUGCUCACUGUCUAUCGGUUCAGUAGAUCAGCCGACAGAGGCAGCAGUAGCACCGAGAGGGAUUUUGGCAAGGAUAUAUCUAUAUCAGACGGCCGCAUGAUGCAUGCACCGAAAAUCCUCUCAUCUUUACGGUCACAUACAGUCUGGCCCCCCUUAUCACUCUCACUCCGACGAUCAACGCAAAAGUCCAUGAUUGCCAGUAUUGCGUACGCGUUCCCGCUUUACAUCUCAGGUUGGUCCGUGGGGAUCCAAGAGCUCCGGUUUACGGAUGACGCGGAUACUGUGGUGGAGUCAAGGAUUGCAACGGCUGUGCCCACCGGUUUCACUUCCUUCGGUAUAACCAAUUUCGGAGGGUCGUCACCAGUGGGGUCUCCAGCCCCGCCUUCGGAAGGAGGGGGCGGUAUCAGGUCCAGGUCUAAAUCACAACAAGAUAUAGGCAAUGAUACACCGCUAGCUCAGCCUUCGUCUAUCUCGUACACCCAUCCGUAAGUCAUUUCCGAAGCCCCGCCAAAGCUGAACAUAUCACACAUCCUCUUUUUCUUUGAUUUCUUAUUCGUCUGAGGAAAUGACACUAAUUUCUGGAACCUUCCUCUGAUGUCUUAGGUACCUCCUAGCUUCACAUGCCGAUAACACCCUCACUCUCUACAUGGUAAAAUCGAAUGCUGCAUCAUUGUCAAUAGAGCCCGGGCAGCGCUUGUGGGGCCAUACGUCCUCAGUCUCCACCGCCCAGGUGAGUGGUCGUGGUAAGGCAGUUUCCCUCUCUAAGAGAGGCUCUGAGCUUCGCGUUUGGGAACUAGAAGGUGGAGUAUCGGAACGUCGGAGGCUGAAUGCUAGCGUCAAGGUGGAGCCACAAGUUUCUCCGCAGGCCGACGUAAGAAGCCAGUGGGGUGCAGAGGACACGGGAUGUCUUGGUGGGUUCGAUGAAGAAAAAGUGGUGGUGUUGCGAGAGCAAGAUGAGGGGAGACGUGUGCUGGUUGUUUACGAUUUUACCCUCUGAAAGAUAAUAAUGAGAUCGGACGAAAUAGAGGAAACGCUGGGUAUCAUCAGAGGAGGCGUUUGGAUCAUUUCUUUCUGCCCCAACAGAAUCGAGCAGAUGCCACAGAUCUCCACUCGGUGGAAGCGGGGAGGCUAGGUGUCCCUAUUUUUGGGCCAUAGUAAUGCACCACCCUUGACAAAAAAGCCUUAUCGUGCAUGUACUUGUGCGUAGGGAGCACGUGGGCAUAGUGCAGAUGAUAGAUGUUUCACAUAUGUACUUGGUUGAGUCCAACUAUCUUGGUGGGCUACCCCAGCCCAGGAUUCAGAUGGCUACCCUCUUGAGUGAGGUCUCGGACAUCAAAAGACGGCCAGGGCGGGGAAGAGGAAGACGAAGCGAAGGAGAGUUUAGAAAAGAGGACAUGAUGGCUAGAAAAAAUGUGAUAUAUUGAAAUUGACACCUUAACAGUGUAAAAUGUGGUAAUAUUAUAU